AAGCCUCGGGCAGGAGGGUGCGCAACACAACGCACUGACAGCUGCGAUUCACUCACAACCGCGAGGGGGGAAAAGAUGGAGCACAGAGACACGGACUUCAACAUUCUGUUAGCGACCGAUUCAUACAAGGUCACGCAUUACAAGCAGUACCCACCCAACACAAGUAAAAUGUACUCGUACUUCGAGUGCCGUGAGAAGAGGACAGAUCCUACCAAAAGCAGAAAAGUUAAAUACGACCAAACCGUCUUUUACGGCCUACAGUACAUCCUCCACAAAUACUUAAAAGGAAAAGUUGUGACUCCAGAAAAGAUCCAAGAGGCAAAGGAGGUUUACAGAGAACACUUCCAGGAUGAUGUUUUUAAUGAGAAAGGAUGGAAUUACAUUUUGGAGAAAUAUGACGGACACCUGCCCAUUGAAAUCAAGGCCGUGCCUGAAGGAAGCGUCAUUCCCCGAGGCAACGUUUUAUUCACGGUGGARAACACGGACCCUGAGUGCUACUGGCUCACCAACUGGGUGGAGACUAUCUUGGUACAGAUCUGGUACCCCAUCACCGUGGCCACCAACUCCAGAGAGCAAAAGAAGAUCCUUGCCAAAUACCUUCUGGAGACUUCUGGGAACUUGGAGGGUCUGGAGUAUAAACUACACGACUUCGGCUACAGGGGUGUGUCCUCACAAGAGACCGCUGGCAUUGGAGCUUCUGCCCAUUUGGUUAACUUUAAGGGCACAGACACAGUCGCCGGAAUCGGAGUCAUCAAGAAGUACUACGGCACCAAGGACCCAGUUCCAGGCUUCUCUGUCCCAGCUGCUGAGCACAGUACCAUCACAGCRUGGGGGAAGGACCAUGAAAAGGACGCCUUUGAGCACAUUAUUAAGCAGUUUCCCAACGUGCCCGUGUCCAUAGUCAGCGACAGCUACGACAUCUACAACGCCUGUGAAAAGAUCUGGGGWGAAGACCUCCGAGGGCUCAUAGAGACCCGUGGUGCAGACGCCCCGCUGGUGGUUCGACCAGACUCAGGAAACCCACUUGAUACAGUUUUAAAGGUUUUAGAGAUACUGGGUAAGAAGUUUCAUCCACAGGACAACGCCAAAGGUUACAAAGUUCUGCCUCCUUACAUCCGAGUCAUACAGGGAGAUGGAGUUGACAUCAACACACUGCAAGAGAUAGUGGAAGGGAUGAAGCAGCACAAGUGGUCCAUCGAGAACAUUGCGUUUGGGUCCGGAGGAGCUUUGUUGCAAAAGCUGACCAGAGAUCUGCUCAACUGCUCGUUCAAAUGCAGCUAUGUGGUUACUAAUGGACUGGGGGUGAACGUGUUCAAGGAUCCRGUGGCAGACCCCAACAAAAGAUCAAAGAAAGGUCGCCUGUCUCUGCACCGGAAACCGAAUGGAGACUUUGUCACCCUGGAAGAGGGCAAAGGUGACCUGGAGGAGUACGGCGAGGACCUGUUGCACACAGUUUUUAAGAAUGGAAAGAUUGUGAAGAUGUACACAUUUGAUGAAGUCAGAGACAAUGCUAAGCUCAAAGAAAGUGAGCUUGAAGAGCUGCUGCAGUGAGUGCAGUCUUCCAAACACACAUCCCUGAAGAACCCCUCUUAAACCUCCACCUUUUUGCCUCCAGUGUCCCCAUAAAACAGGAGGUGUGUGCAUUUCCAAAUUCUGCAAACCCCUAAAAUAUUCACACAACCAGAACCAAUGAGAAAUUCCCCCCCAAUUUGCUACAAGGACAAAAAAAGCAUGUGUUUAGAAGGUAUAUGUUCCGCCUCAGAUUUAUUUUUUCWGAUUCUUGCACUGAUAAACCAGAUAUUUUGCAAUUCAGUUGUAGAUUUCAGCACCUGCACACAGAUCCAACCUCCAAGAGAGAAAGAUGACUACAAAUUGGAAAUUCGCACCAUUUAUUGUCGUCCACGUAUUCUGUACAGAACUGCUUUAAAAACUAAACAUCUCAAUCAACGUAUCUUUAUCCUAUAUGUGAAGGAAGAAAGUGAUGAUUUUAGUAAAACUGCUGUGCACUGAUGAUGUUGAAAGCCAAUUGUUAAUAUUUAUCUUCAGCUUUGUAGCAGAUGACCGUGAAUCACUUCAACUGUAAUUAUGGGUAGUGAAAUGAUCAGGUUUUCCCACUUGUUUCUGCUUUUAAUUGGUAGAGAUGGUCUAAAUUAUAUAUAACAAGGAAAAAAAAAGGUCUAGCGUCUCAAUAUUUACUCUGCCAACACAAAUCGUUAAAGAUAUAUAAAUGAUCAUCUUCUUGCCAUUAUGUUGCCCAGAGUGCUUUCACAUCAAGACGGCCAAACUCCUGCCUCAAAAUCGCACCAAUUUUUCUCCAUUUGUGAUGUUUAAAAUGUUUGUUCACUCUCAAUCUGGUAGUUGGAGAGAAGAAACUUUAGUCUUUGUAAUUUUUGAUUGACAGAAAGUCACUUUAUUGUUUUGAUUGGAUCUGUUGCGGUCGAGACUUUUAUCUGUGUGAGACUAAGAGGAGAAAAAAAAAGCAACGUCUUGGAGGUCAUAUUCAAUGAAACGAAGCUGAUUUAAAAAAACGGUUUAUGAAAGAUGACAUUAUUGUGUGGCUCUUGGGCUGAACUGUAUGUUAAACAUUGAUGUGUGUUUGUGUGUUUGUUUGUAUUGACGAUUUCUUCCUUUUAAAGAACUGUAUUAUUCCUUUAUGCAAAAGUGAUUGUUGAUGGAAGGAAUAGAUGAACACUUUUCCUUUUUCCUUUUUUUUUUCUUUGCUGGCCUUUAAUUUUGAACGGGGAGGGGGGAAUGCUGAAGAAGUAACAUGCAUUUCUGACACUAAUAUGUCUCGGUCCAUCAGCAGGACUUAGCUUUCCGUAUCACUGCCUUAACUCACGAGGAACAAAGUAAGACUCGAAGCCGUCUGAAAGGAUAACUUUCCGUGAUCCUGGCUUUUAAUUUUAGCUUCACUCCUUUUUUUUAAGCACUGGAUUCCUUUUGUUGUUUUGACCAUUUUCAAGGUAAAAAAAAAAAACCUUUGCAGGAGAACAAGAGGAUUCAGAGGAGUUGGGAGCUGGUGACAUCACAGGAAGUCCAACGAUUGGAUGUUAAUUGUCCAUGUGUCCAAGGGUUGGGUCUUGGGGGCAAACGGGUCCAGUAGGGAAACCCAGAUGUCACUUUUACCAGGGAUAACGGAAUCCUAAAGUGUUCCCAGGCAAGAGAGGGAGAAUCCAUGCAGUGCAGCAUCCUAACCGGAUGCCUGAACCACCUGAGCUACGUUUGAUGAGGCAGGUCAAGCUCCUCUCUAAGCCCAGCCAGCAUGCGAGGAAAGCUAAUUUCACUUGUAUCUGGGUUCUCCUGGUCCCGAUCAUAGAUGAGGGUUAAAACAAAUGGACCAGCUCAACCUCUUCACCACCAUGACAGGUUGGAGCAACGCUCUCAUUAAUGAGGACAAGGCCCAGAUCCAUCYUUGCACCAGUUGUGAACGAGACGUGGAAGCAAAAACUGGGAGCAUUCCGCCCUCCAGAACCCUGACGCCCUUGCUGUUCCAAGAAAAAUCCAUGUAAUUGUAAACAUUAGCUUGUGUACUACGGACCAUAAAGUUCCCCCUGGCUUUUCCUUUAGUUCCUCUGCGAAGGUCACAUUUUUUACCAGCUUCUGGAAUGGAUUUCUUCUCGAUUCGGUCGAUACAUUCCUGUCUCCCUAAUGAGAUUACCACCAGCUGUGCUCCAUAUAGGCUAACAGUAUAGCUGCUAAAACAUCUAGAUUUCAGCUGUCAAUGUGUUAGCGUUCAGCUCGCUUCAACGCCGCCACAUAUCCAGGCAGAACCUCCGAAACUGCAGGUGAUUUGUCCCCAGUUGGCUCACUCUUGUCUGACGGCCUCACGUGCACCCUGCUUUUUGGAUUUUAAGGGUCACAGACUUCUUUCUUUGCUUCUUUCCCCCCGGCUUCGAUCGUCCUGCUGAAACACAAACAAGCCAGCAAAGAUUUGAUUUCCACCCACUAGUUAUUUCAACUGUUGCUGCUCUUUUGUCACCUAGUUUGCGGUUUUGACACCGAUUAGUUCAUUUCCAGUUGUGGGAGGCAUUUAGUUUUUAAUAUUUUGAUACAGUCUCAGUUCUUACCUCAGAGAAAUCUUAUUUUGUAUGACAAAGAAGAAGAAAUAAAGGUCAGAAAUAGCACGUUCUUUAUUUACAAACAGCGCAGCCAUACUGCCUUCUCACUUGUACAUAAAACAAGUCGUUUGACCGAACAGAGAGGGCGGGUUUGUGAGAUGGUGUUCUUAGAUCAUUUUAUUUUUUGUCAGAAUAACCAUUUUUGUAUAAACAGAAGAAUAUCCAAAAUGGCUUGACAAAACUGGAGACGUGACUGUCAACCUUUUACCUUCUGUGUGUGUGUGUUAGAGAGAGUGUAGUCCUGUAUGAAUGCCUUGUUGUGAAAAUGGAUGAAAACACCGUUUGUGAAUACUUUUAUUUUCUUCAAUCGUAUGUAUAUGUUGGUUGUUCCAAAUUCUUUCCCGACACAGCUGAUAUUUUAACUAACAUAACUUCCUAUAUUGUCAACAAUACACUGAUUAAAAUGCCACCCUGUCAGUUUGAAA